AUGAACCAAUAAUAUGACGAUUGGCCAUAAUGGUGGAAUGAAGUCAGAAGAUAAAAAUUCGGGUAUAAAUUAUGAAUUCAUAAUUUUUAGAAGUGAAACACCACCAAGAAGAUGUAAGAAAGUUCAAAUAAUUUAGAUGAAAUUACGGUUCCUUCCAUUACUGCACACACAUGGGUGAUCCUGGAUUCUUAGACUGGUAGAUUGAUUUGGGGGAAGAAUGAGCAUUCUAACAGAGAAAUAGCCUCCAUCACCAAGACUAUGACUGCUUAUGUUACUAUUAAAAUUUGUGAAUAACUCAAAAUAGAUCCAACCCAAGUUACUGUUUCUGUCUCAGAAUACGCAACACAAAUAGGUGGAACAUCCUCCAAUCUACAAGAAGGAGAUAGUCUCACUUUAUUGGAUCUCUUGCAUGGAUUGAUGUUACCAUCAGGAAAUGAUUCUGCCUAAGCCAUCGCUGAGAAUUUUGGAGUCUAUCUUUAUUUUCAAUCCAAAUACUUCCAACAAAAAAUCGACUCCAUUGAUAACGACAACAAUACCAUACAUGUCAAUAAUCCUGCAUAGUAUUUUGUAGCUGAAAUGAACACAACUGCUUAAAAACUGGGACUCUCUAAUACUUAUUUCACUAAUCCCCACGGACUUGCCAAUAGACUAAAUAGAUCCACUGCUUACGAUGUCGCUAAAUUAUGUUACUAUGCUAUGAAAUUACCAUUAUUCGCUUAAAUCGUCAGAACCAAAGAAUACUCCUGCACUGUUACCAAUCUAGGAUAAACUCGUGUCUUGAAAUGGGAAAACACCAAUAAACUCCUAGAACAAGGCUUCUCAGGGAUUAAAACUGGAGUCACCAAUGAUGCCGGUCCAUGUUUGGCUAGUCACUUCAUUAGUAGAAAGCACAGCUACAUACUUGUGGUUCUUAAUUGCAAUUCAAAAGAAUAAAGAUGGAUUGAUAGUUGUCGUCUUAUUGACUGGGUAACUGACAUAUAUGAAAAAUAAUGA